GAAUUUGUUUGUAAACAAUGGCCAGCUCCAAUUUGUCCGAUUGGGAUGAGCCGCUGCCGACAUCGACAAGCGAGGAGGUCGAGGAGGAGGAUCCGGACUACUGCAGUCCAAGCAAUCGUCAGCGCAGGCAGCAGGAGAACGUGGACAAGAUAUAUUCGUAUGUGCGCCGCAUGGCCUAUCAGCCAUCCAGGCCGCCCAAGACACUAACCGGCGAUGUGGCCAGAUCGCAGCCCAAGAAGAAUCAGCUGAUCGACACAAUCAAGGACUACUACAACCCAAACAGCGCCACGCGCAUCAAGCGGCUUCUGGGCAAGUAAAAUGCCAUAACCACAGAACAGCUGGCUGAGGUACUCAAGAGCAACGAGACAAAGGAGCGACGCAAGGAGGACUUCUUGAAGCGCACGCAUGAGCUGUACCACUGCACGCUGACCAAACUGGAGCGCCAGUGUCUUACACGGUACCUGAACGUGCUCAUCAAUAAGUUUGCCAGGUUCAUCGCCCAUUUGGCCACCACAAUGCGCAUACCGCCGCAGCUGUUCGAUCCCGAGCAUCUUCUGCAACGUCUCGCCUCGCUCACGCUCUGCUCAGUCUCGUGAUCAAGGCCAAGAGAUGGACAAUCACAUCAAGCGUCGCCUCAUGUGCGCUGCCGAGAAAAAGAUCGCCUACAAGCAGCAGUCGACAUACAAGCAGAGCGCCAACGAUAAGUGCCAAGUCCCCCAAUGCCAGUAGCCAGUAGUCAGUCAGGUUCUACAUAUAUUUCGUCCAAUAAAUCGGGAUACGAGCAUC